AUGGGUGCGAAACCAGGUACCUUAAGCCUGUACAAAGCUAUCAGUGCGAAGUAUGGUGACGAUAACCUCCAGGGAAAACGACAGUAUGUCCCGAUUGAUGUGUUGAAGGAGCUGGUCACCACCGAAGGUAUUUACAGGGAGUUCUGCAGGCAUCCAAAGCAUCAGGCCUGGGGGAAGGGCGGCUCAAGGAGGCGUUUGGCCGAGAGGGUGGUGGGUUCCAAUGCGCGCAAGCUUUUCGUGGUUCUUGUGCUCUUGGACCAGUGUUUGGAUACGGACAAACUUCUCAACAGUGGCUUGACCGACAGAGACCUCCCGCUGUUCAAGGAUGGGCACGGUUUUAGGUCCGAACCAGACAGUGGCAAAAGGUUCUCAUUGCCGCCGAAAUGGUCCAGUCAAACUGUAGACCAAUUCCUUGAAAGCCAAUGGCGGGUGCUUGCUCCUGUGUUUGGCUCUUCUGGGGAACACCGGACUUUUCAUCAGCGGCGCCCGAUGCCCUUUCAGAAGAUGGAAGAGUCCCACAAGGGUGGUUCCAAUAGCGUCGUAUUUCAUGCCCAGAUUCAUCCCGCCCAUCAACGGUUCUCUAUGACGGGGUCUCAUAGCCACGAAAUCGUCUUAAAGGAGUUUUUACCCAGAAACAAGAAAGAUUUCGAGAUCGAGCGAAACAACCUCGCAGCGAUACGGGGUCUCGGAGAUAACAAGCACAUCACGCAGUAUCUUGAGACUUUCUCGCAAGAGGGCAGGAGCUACAUCAUCUUUCCUUUCGCCAAGGGCGGAGACCUGGAGAACUUCUGGGAUACUAAGAAGUCCAGGCCACGGAACAGACGUUUGGCUCUCUGGUGCUUGGAGCAGAUGUUCGGGCUCGCCAGAGGGCUUCAAGUUCUUCACGAGUUCCUCGGGGACGACAAAAACUGCCGGCACGGCGACUUGAAGCCCGGCAACAUACUUCAUUUCUUGACUGACGGGGGCGACGGCACCCUCAAGAUUGCCGACUUUGGGAUAUCCCGGAUCCACACCGAGACAACUUUCCAGAGGCUGGGGAAGGCCACGACGACGAGAUCUACGACGCCGUCCUAUGAGGCCCCCGAAGAGUCGUUGCGUCAGGCGAGGUCCCGCAAGUACGACAUCUGGUCCAUGGGCUGCAUCUUCCUCGAGUUCACCCUCUGGUUCGCGGAUAGCUGGGAUGCCGUAGAAUCCUUCAACAACGCUAGGACGUCCAAGAGGGCGAGGCAAGGGGAAAAUAAGCCAUGGGCCCGCUUCUACAAGGGCAUUGGAGCGUCUGCCAAGGUACAUCCCGAGGUGUUCCAGACCCUGGCCAAGCUCAGACGUCUUCCGAGGAGCGCAACAGGCACGGCGCUGGGCGACUUGCUGGAUACCGUCGAGAGGCAUCUGCUCAAAGUCGACGUUGAAGCUCGUUUCAGCUCCAAGGAGCUCUCUGAACGCCUUGAAAAAAUAGUGUCUAGAGCCGUGACUGACGCGAAAUAUCUUUUUGGUAGCGGUUGA